UUGAAGCCAUAUAUUUAUAUUAUUAAAUCGUAAUCGGUGACUUUCACUUUCUUAUUGGUUUAGCAGAUGGCACGUGGUUUUUCUAGAACGCUUCGCCUCCAAUCAGGUCCAAGCUGUCGACCGGACGUUUACUGGUUGCUGUUUUGAUUUGGAUUCCUUCAUGGCAGAUUGUCAUUGUGGUGUGUGAGCCGAGCCAUUAGCUGUUGUUGAUAAUAUGAUCACCCUUUUUAACAAGUUACACUCCCGAUGGUUGAGUUUCACCUUCAGACACCCGCGGACAGCAGCUACGGCGGCUCCCAAGGUUAACCUGUCCACAGCCCCGCCAGAACCUGUCAUUCCAUCUAAGAAGCCCAUAAAAGUGGAGCUUGUUGGAGGAAAACGCUACUCAUGGUGCACCUGUGGAUACAGUCGGAAACAGCCGUUCUGCGAUGGAACCCACAAAACCAGAGCACAGGGAAUGAAGGGGCUUCGCUUUGUACCGGAGAAAGACUCCACGGUGUGGCUGUGUGGAUGCAAGCACACGAACAACCCACCUUACUGCGACGGCACACACAAACAGGACUUCAUCGUGUCUUCUCCGCUGCAUGAAUACACAGACUGAUGAAGGUGAAGAACCCGGAGGACAGAGAUGUCUCUGAACUGAGUCAGUGGAAGAAACAUUUCAGAGAAAACAGCAUCGGGGCAGUUGUUUCUUUUUUAAAUCGGUGGGACACGUUGCCAGUAAACUAAAUGGCGAUCUAGGUUUCCACUCUUAACUUUGAAAAUGAGUGAUCUUACAGAAAUAAAAUUAUUAUUGUUCUUGAAUCUGUUUUUUUAAAUCCUCCUAAUGCAGUUGGGUGAGGUAGGUUUCUUGUCUAAAAUAUAAAAGAGUAUUAAUGAGUAACAAGAAAGGAGGUGAUUAUGUACAUAAUUUGAAAUCAUCUUCAACUGAGGCUCAUUCCUAUAAUAAAGCUUCUUUGCUACUAGAUUUUCCACUAAGUGGUAUUUGUAUUAUAAGGUAAGUGGAAGUGAGUGGAGACUGAGGUAAGACUUGUCAAAUCACAGAGUGGUCAGAUGCUCAUGGUGCACAGAGGUCAUCAAUGUCCUGCUGAGUUAUAACUACAGAUCUUCACACUUCACAUGAUCAGAUCAAGAUCUGAGCAGUGUAUAGAGAGCUUCGUUGACUUGGUUUCCUUGACUGGAUGAGUCUGGGUUUGGCACUUUCCUGCUGCCUUGCGUCAAGUGUAAAGGCUGUUUUGAAGAGUUGAGUUCAGUCCUUUAGCUCCAGUGAAAUGAAGUCUUAAUGCUUCACCAACCAAGACAGUUAGAAAAUAAUCAGUUUGAGUUGUUCCAACAUGACUGCGCUCCAGUACACAAAGCACAAGCACAAAGGUCCAUGAGGACAAGAAGGCCGGAACUGAUGGCUAAUUGAUGGUUUAUUAAAGCCAUCCUUGUUUGUCAUCAACCACCUUAAGAGCAAAACAAGAUAAAUAAAAAUUGCAAUUGUUUUUUACCAUUCGUGAAGCCUAUCGUUCUUUUUUUUUUAAUAUAAAAUAACAUUAAAAAAAAUUAAUCUUUUGAAAACAAGCUAUGAAUACUCGUUACAUUGAUGCAAUUGCUUUCACGAAUCAUUAAUUCGUGAAAGCAGAAUUAAUGAUUCUGCUUUUUAGUCCCAUAAUUAAAAUACUUAAAUUUCAAUUGCCAUUACCUUGUUCUUUUAUUGUCUGAAGCUAAAUUUAAGUUGCCUUUUUAUGCGUUUUUCUGUCUUGCUGUUAACCUUUUCUUUCAUUGCAGUUAACCUUCCCCCGGUAGCUCUGUUGUUCUGUUACCAUAGAUACGUUAUACAGAAAGUUGCCAAAAAUAAAAAUAUGGAACUUUAACGGCAGUUACAAGAAACCACAUUGAGUUGGCCUUUACAGAUACCAUGUCGUGACUAUGUUGUAACAUGGUUGGAUCUGUGGAUCCAUUUUGUUUGGUUGGGUGAAUAAACUCCUGUCCCGCCUAAGAUCAGUAAGCUGUUAUCGAUCAGUAGCACUCUGCUGGCGGAUGUUUAAUUUGACAUGGAGCAGAAAGCUGAGGUUGUUAUUUCUCUCCCUACAUCCAGUGGGUGGCGCAGGUUGCUACAAUCGAUAGUAGCCACACAUGCACACCCUCUAG